GCAGUUAUAGAAUAUGCAAGGAUAGUUCUUGAUCUUUUUGCUACUAAGGAUACUAAAGUUCGGGUGCUGGCAGUUGGUGAAUUUGGUUAUUGUUAUUUGAAUGGUUGGGAAGAUGAACAGCAGGAUAUUAAGCCAAUUAUAGACACACUUUCGUGCUUAAACCCCCCAAAAACCUACCAGAAUUCUGACUUAAUCGCAUUUGGGGAUAGCAGUGAAUUUAUCUCAAAUGAUUUGGACGAACUUCGGAAUGAGGAUUCAGACUUCCGUAUUAGAAUUGUUUACUUUAUUUCUCGGACGCUUACAUUUUUGGAAAGCCUCAACUCUUCAAAACAUUAUCAAGUUGGUAGCGUGGAUUUACGAUCUUCCUUUAUCAAGCGGUUACUGCGCACUUCUAAUAAAAUGGCUAAUAAUUUUCGCCAUCUCGAACUUUGUGUGGUUAAUGUCUUGCCUGAUAAAGGACUUUUCCCUUCCAGCGAAAAGUACAACGAGGCUGCUCCUUUUAAAGAUAUAACCGAAUGCUUCUCGACGUGUUCGUAUACAUUCUUCUGCCACGUGUUGCUCCACUCUGUUACUCGUUUAGUGCAGCUUCAUUACUCGUUAAAAAGGUUGAAAAUCGCUGGGAUUCCCAUGAAGAGUACUUCUUUGGAGCAUUGCGUUUCGUUGUACGACGUUGUUAUCUUGCUCCAAGCUGAUGCUCUCGAUUGCUUUUUUCGCGAACCACUCGUGCAUUGGUCCGAAGAGGAAUGUCUAAUGACGGACAAGACUGUCUUUUGGCCGGACAAACGCUCGUCCAAACUUCACGGAGACGCGCUGUGCGUGCGCCAAGUGCGACGGGCCACUUCGCUUAAAGUGACAUCGGGGCCCUCCUCUUGCAUGCUCAAGCACAUAUUUUUCGGUAGACUAGUUGUAUUGCACUCUGAAGAUCGCAUCCCCGCAUUCGUUUUCAAAGCAGCUGAGGGUGUGCUUUACUUGCACGAGUUGUACAGCCCAGAAUUUCUGCAUGCUUUUCCCGGGUUGGCACUUGGCGCUGAGCUCGAGGGCUGUCCAUCUGUUGACUAUAUUGAGGCGAGCGCCCUCUCUUUCUUAUUUGCGUUGAUAAACUUUCUGGUGAGUAGGAUUUUUUGGAUAUCAUGAGAAGCUGUGACUUAACAAGCAUUUUGGAAUUGGACGGCGACCGGAAAGGAGAAAUUAAUUUGCAAUUUGUAAGAGAAAGUCUUUAUUUAAAAACACUUUUUUAUUCACUACAAAGUAAGACCCGCGCUCUAUUCGACCCUUCUUUGUCACUUCUUAUGUCAAGAAUCCUCUCUUGGAAAUUUUGUCAAAAAAAAAACUUUCACUCUCCAACGUC